AUUUCUAUGUAUCUGAUUGGUCAAAUGAUGAACACAGGCAGUUUGUGCGCUUCUUGUUACACAUUAAUUUUUUUCGAGAAAAAAGGUUCUUUAAGGAUUUAAAAAUGUGUCUCCUCUUUUUUCGUCUUUCUUCCUUUUCUUAAUCAUAAAAUGAAGUUCUCUAUUGCUGCUAUCUUUGUCACUGCUAUCUCUGCUGUUUGUGCUCAAACUUCCGCUCCUGCUGCUCCCGCUGCUCCUGCCGAUGCUGGUAUUGCCACCACUCAUCCUGGCUUGGGUGAAGUUCUCAAUGCUGGUACAUCCUACACCAUUUCUUGGACUGUCAAGGACAACAACGCAAAGAACAUCAAUUCCAUUGCUUUGAUGAAGGGUCAAUCAUCCAACUUAGAGAUCUACACCGCCAACAUCCUUUCUGCUCCUAUUCCAGUCAAUCCUCCUCAGUACACCUGGAACAUCCCUGCUACCGUCGAGACCAAUCCUUCCUAUGUUCUCGUCUUCAAGGGUGAUAACGGACAAUCCACUUACUCUUCUUACUUUACCAUUAUCGGUGCUGCUCCUGGUACAGCCAACAACAAUGUAACUUCCUCUGCUGCCACCUCUGCCCCUGCUCCCAAUGCUUCCAAUUCCGCUGCUGCUUCCAAGUCUGGUUCUCCUGCUGCUUCUUCUUCUGCUGCCGGUAACUCCACUUCUUCUGACAAAUCUUCCAGCGGUGCUUCAUCUCUCAAGGCCGGUAUCGUUGGUGCUGGUGUCGCUGGUGCCGUCGCCCUCCUCUUUUAAUUUUCUACAUUUUUUUUUCUUAAUAGCAGCAUAAUUUAAUUAAAUUAAUUUAAUAGAGAAAAAUUGCUUCCCUUUACAACUUUUUCUUUUGAUUCCAUAAUAAAGCUUUCUUUAUUCUUUCACAAAGGAGUUGCCUUUCUCAGAAGCGGAGUUCUGG